ACUUUGUUGACCCAGUGCCCGUGCGCAAACGAUUAUGGGGGCGAGGCACAUUUCCGGUCAUUUUGUUCGGUACAGUGUGGGCCGUCGGUUCGGCUAAUACGACUAUGCAGAGUAGCGCACUGUGGACGAAAAUGUCAUGCGGAAAGACCCAGUCCGUACCUCGCAUUAUAAAUGGUCUCCGCGCUCCAGAACACAGAUACCCAUGGAUCGUCCUGGUUCAAGCAAGGGACGAAGUGAGGAGGCUCACCGGGAUCUGCGGUGGCAGCAUAAUCACCAGGAAGCACGUCCUUACCGCCGGACACUGCUUGUUUCUCCACGGCGAGCGUUCCAGCCUCUCGGUGUUGUACGGCCACACGACUCUGGCGCUGGCGCAGCGGUCCGCCGUGGUCCGGGCGACGCUCCAUCCGGGUUACGACGACCGCACCCUCAUGAACGACAUCGCGGUGCUGGAGCUGUCGCACGAGCUGCAGUUCUCCAACCGCGUGCAGCCCGUGUGCCUUCCCACCGAGGACUUCCCUCCACUGCCCGGAACCAUCGGCAUCGUGGCCGGCUGGGGCUACACGUCCGAAUCCGGAAAACAACACCGCAACCCGUACCUGCUCUUCGUCACGCAAGCCAUCAAGCCGCAGGAAUACUGUGUGGCUAAGAUGCAAGGCUACUUCUACAGCCCGAUGACUUCGUUCUGCGCCUACCGCUACGGCUACGACGCCUGCCAGAUGAAACCAUACAUCGCCCUGUGGUUCUUCGUGGGUGUCCUGUGUUCCGCUAUGCUGACAGCGCACAGUCAGGCGUGCCGAACAGAAAGGCAACAGUGCAGUCCCCGGAACGCCUGCUGCGAGGGCCUGGCCUGCGCCCCCAUGUUCUUGGACGAGAAGAACCCGCAGCUCUUCUACGGGAACUGCCUGCAGUCCGUCCCGUCGUCGCUGUCGCGCGCGGAGCCUCCCAAGCCCGAGAGGCCGCCCUUCUCGCCUCGGGGACCAGUGCUCAGGGACAGGCAGCGCUAACCCUCGUCGCAGGAUCGACGCCUCAGCUUCACCGGCUCCCGCCAUCUCACUAAUCAUCCCUAUUCCUCAGCCCCAUAUGUGACCACUGCGUGACAUCCACCUCCUAUACGUCUCCUUGUUCAGUGUUCUGUUGUCGCCCUUCGUGUGCUUCGAUGUCUGCGUGCUGUUGCAAAUAGAACAAGUAAAAGAAAAAAAA